AUGGAUGUCAGUUUUGAGUUGUUUAGAUUGACUGUGAAAUUAAAGGUGAAAAUGAAAUCAACAAGGCGUGUUCGAGUGCACGAAGAUGCUAUACGUCAUAGUGAGAGUAAGCGUGGCGGCGACCGGCUGGCGACGCCGCGGAUGUCGCUACUGGGCAAGCCGCUCAGCUACCGCGCCACGCGACGCGACGCGCGAUACAGACGCCUCCAAUCAAAGUUCUACAACUUCCUUGAACGGCCUAGGGGUGCGAAGGCAGUCCUCUAUCAUAUGAUUGUGUUCCUGAUGGUGUUCAUGUGUCUAUCGCUGUCAGUAUUUUCAACAAUCGAGGAAUACGAAGCAAAAGCAGGCAUAGUACUGUUCUACAUGGAGACUGUAGUUGUCGUCUGGUUUGCCAUCGAGUUUGUUUUAAGGCUUUGGUCAUCAGGAUGCAGGUCACGUUAUCAAGGAUCAAUAGGACGGCUAAAGUUCUUAAAACGACCUUUUUGUAUAAUAGAUGUAACAACAAUCAUGGCGUCAUUGGUGGUGUUGGGAAUGGGUUCAUCGGGGCAAGUCUUCGCUGCAUCAGCACUACGUGGGUUGCGCUUUUUCCAAAUAUUGCGCAUGGUGCGGAUGGAUCGGCGCGGCGGCACAUGGAAAUUACUUGGCUCCGUAGUAUAUGCACAUCGUCAGGAAUUAAUAACUACAUUAUACAUAGGAUUUCUCGGUCUUAUAUUUGCAUCAUUUUUAGUUUAUUUAGCUGAAAAAGACGUCGCCGAUACAAAGUUUAAAAAUUUUGCGGAGGCUCUUUGGUGGGGUGUGAUCACGCUGUGCACGGUGGGGUAUGGCGACAUGGUGCCACAAACCUGGCAAGGGAAAUUCAUCGCCUCCUUCUGUGCACUAUUGGGAAUAUCAUUCUUCGCUCUACCCGCUGGUAUUUUAGGUUCAGGAUUUGCUCUUAAAGUGCAACAACAGCAACGACAGAAGCAUAUGAUCAGACGGCGUCAGCCUGCUGCAAGCCUGAUACAAGCCUUGUGGCGAUGCUAUGCUGCCGAUGAACAUUCCAUGAGUAUUGCGACGUGGAAGAUGCAUCAAAUUCCUCUUCCGAGUCCACAAGCAAGUCGGGUUAUGAGCGCAUCAUUCAAGAACAAUGCGUCCUUUGUAUCGAGGCUGCCGACAAUUCGUCGACACAAAAGUACUUCGUUGCAUUCCCCAGCGCCGCACUCCAAGCCCGCGCACCGAUACGACGUCAACGCUAGUGCUGAAAAUCUCGGCGCGAGCCGCACGACGAACGGCCGGUCAGUGCGCUCUCGACCCGUCAACCCCUCGCACAGCGGGGACUCUGUGGCUGAAACGGCGCUCUCCAAAAGAAACUCUGACGAUGAGGACGAGGAGCCCCGUUGUGUGACGUUAACUCCGCGACAUAAAGCUGCAAUCCGAUUCAUAAGGAAGAUGAAGUAUUUUGUGGCUCGACGCAAGUUUAAAGAAGCGCUAAAGCCAUACGACGUAAAGGAUGUAAUAGAACAGUAUUCUGCGGGCCACGUGGACCUGUUGGGGCGAGUGAAAAACGUCCAAACUAGAUUAGACCAAAUUCUUGGGAAGCAAGGUUCGAAGGCCAAAGACGUAUAUGCAUCCAAAAUCAGCCUAGCUUCCAGAGUAGUUAAAAUUGAAAGACAGGUCAAUGACAUAGAAAGUAAGUUAGAUCAUUUAUUAGAGAUGUAUGAAGAAGAUAGAAAAUUAGUGAGAAGAAUCGACAACGGUGCUAAUGGAGGCGCAGGAAGCGGGGCGUCUGGAGAUGCGACACUGCGAGCACGACCGGCCAUCGCAGACAAGCAAUCAUCGGAGCCCAACUCGCCCGUGUCCCGUACUUUUGAGCCAUCCGGCGGCGGUGCGACCGCGCCGGCUCCGCUUCAUAAGCGUCCCAUGAACCGGGGCUAUUCUGAUUUAGGGACGAGAUUUAUGCGCAAGAAAGUAAUUGUAAAGACAUCAUCAAAUCGUAACGGUGAAUCACCUCGCGAUGAUGAAGUAGUUAUCGUAGUACCAACCGAUCGAGAGGACACACCACCGCGCCAUGCUACAGACAGCUCAGAGGUUUGCGCAAGCUGCUCUGUAGAAGUAGAGACAGAAGCGGAGGCUGGUGGCACGCGAUCAGGGAGCUCUGGUUCGCCGUCUUGGUGUGAGGGUGAGGCAGAAGCAGGUGAUGAACGUGGAUACGGAUCCGGAGAUUCUCUCGCCGAGGAUACGGCAUUAUUAGGCGCUGCGCAGACGGGACACCCUCCGAGACUCCUUCGCACACAAAGAAGAGAUGUUGCCGUAGAUCUGCACCUACUUAGACCUGAUGUAUGA